AGACCUAUUUCUAUGCUGUCAUGUCUCAGAAAACUUUUAGAGAAGAUGAUGCUCUUCCGUUUGGACAAUUGGCUUGAAUCUAAAGGCCUCUUGUCCAACACCCAAUUUGGUUUUCGCAAAGGCAAAGGGACCAAUGAUUGCUUAGCGCUACUUGUCUCGGAGAUCGAGCUUGCACGUUCCCGUAAGGAAAUGCAAGCCUCGGUCUUCCUGGAUAUAAAAGGGGCAUUUGACUCAGUGUCAAUAAACAAACUGUGUCAAAAAUUGCAAAAUGCAGGCUUAGGCCCAAAACUAAACAACUUUUUGUUCAACCUUUUGGCAGAAAAAGUUAUGUAUUUCGAAGCGGGGUCCCGUACUGAAACUCGAACUAGUUUCUACGGACUCCCGCAAGGAUCCUGCCUGAGUCCCCUUUUAUAUAACUUUUAUGUCAAUGACAUUGACACUUGCCUGGCGACCUCGUGCACCAUACGGCAAUUGGCAGAUGACGGCGUAAUCUCGGUAGCUAGCAAAAACAUUGCCGAUCUGCAAAGUCCUUUGCAAACCACUCUGGACAAUCUCUCAGAGUGGGCAAGGCACCUAGGUAUUGAGUUCGCUCCUGAGAAGUCGCAAUUGGUAAUCUUCUCCUUUUUUAGCAAAACCGAGAAUAAUAUCCAGAGGGGAGUGUACGAUCCCAAAAUCGACCUCCUUCUUUACGGUAGAAGAAUUUCCAUUGCAAAUGACUUCAAGUACCUAGGUGUGUGGUUUAAUAGUAGGCUGCGUUGGAAAAAACAUAUCAACCACCUGCUCCUGAAAUGCUCCAAGAGGCUAAAUUUUCUGCGGAGAAUAACGGGCUUCUCGUGGGGGGCACACCCCUCCGACUUGAUCGCGUUAUACAAAACGACCAUUCGAUCGGUCAUGGAGUAUGGUAGCUUCUGUUUUUUUUGGGCGCCCAAAUCCCUUAUGAUAAAGCUUGAAAGGAUCCAGUACCGCAGUCUUAGGAUUGCACUGGGCGCUAUGAAGUCUACUCAUACAAUGUCUCUGGAGGUAAUGGCAGGAGUGAUGCCAGUGCGACUGCGAUUCCAGCAGCUCGCUUUGCGCUACCUAACGCGCGCCACUUCGACGAAUCCGCUAGUUCUGUCGAACCUGAGAGCGAUUGCGGAGACCAGAGGGAACUCUAAACUCACCCCUCUUUUUAGAGACUUCGAGUCUCUCCGAGUUUACCCUAGCAUUUUGCCAGCUACUAGUAGCAAUGUUUUCCCUGAAUCCUACAGUGAAUUUUUGACAGUAGAUGCCUCGUUGAGGGAGGAAAUCAGGAAGAUACCAGAUGAUUUCCGCACUGCGAUUAUACCUGGUAUCUUCCAACAAAAGUAUGGCCAGAUUCCCCCCUACAACUGCUUCUUCACCGACGGUUCCUCUUCCGGAGACUCCGUAGGCUUUGGAGUAUUCAAUACCGUAUUCCAAACCUACUACAGCUUAGAAAAGCCGUGCUCUAUUUUUGUUGCGGAGCUCGCUGCUAUCUUUUGCGCUCUGCUGCUGGCGAGCGGAAGGCCUUCAGGUCACUACUUCAUCUUCACGGAUAGCCUCAGCUCGGUUGAAGCUCUGAAGUCAGAGAAGGCCUUUAAAAGUGCUAAUUUUUUCGUCCAAAAAACGGUGGAGCUCUUGAGCUCCAUGUUUCGACAAGAAUUUCGUAUCUCGCUUGUCUGGGUCCCCUCUCACUGCGGCAUCGCGGGCAACGAGAUGGCGGAUCAGUUGGCCAAGCAAGGCGCCUUGGAAGGUCCCGUCUUCGUUCGGAUGACCCACCCCAACGAGUUUCUUCAUUUGUCUCAGCGACUCUGCCUCGAAAGAUGGCAGAGGGACUGGGACGAGGGAGAGCUCGGAAGGUUCCACUACUCCAUUGCGCCCAGAGUAUCGCUCCGACCGUGGUUUAGUGGCCUCAAGAUGGGACGUGCCUUCGUGCGGAUGAUGUCCAGGCUUCGGUCUAAUCAUUUCGCGCUUAGCACGCACCUCCAUCGUAUUGGUUUGGCCGACUCAAAGGUCUGCGGCUGUGGCGAAGGAUUCCACGAUUUCGAUCACCUUCUGUGGUCCUGCGUGGAUUUCGAGCCGGCAAGACCCGCAUUUGAGGAGGCCUUCACGGCGGCUGGUGGGCGGUGCGGGGCUCCCAUCCGGGAUGUCCUGGCGGCGCAAGACAUGGUACUGCUGAAAAUAAUAUACAACUUUGCGCGGGAAGUGGGAAUCGACGUGUAGAGUAGCUUUCCUCCUGUUCUUCCCAUCCCCGUAGUUUAUGUUGUCCAUGUUCUUCUCUGUUUAGCCGUGAUCGUUGGCACCCCGUCGACUCAGUCCUUUGGCCCCAGAUAAGCAACGGCAGCUGCAUCAGGGAGUAGAAGACCGGCGCCAGAGUGUCUCUGCGCGUCGGAUAUCAACAUCGUCCCUGGCACACAAGACACUAAUGCUCCGCUCUUCCCACAGGGUAAUCAUUCCGCGAAGCCGACGAUGAGCGAGCCGGAAUAAAUGCCACUGUUGCCAAAUGCGAUAGUCGAAUACCGCCCAAGGAGUUAGAAUACCGCCCAAGAUGGCACCAC